UAGACCUGCUAACCAAAUCUUCAAAUCAAAUUCUGGAGCUUGAUUGUUGCUUCAUACAAAUUUCAAGGAGGCGGAUUUUUUAUUCAUCCUUCUCUCUUUCCAUUUCCAUUUUUUCCCCCGAAAGCCAAGCGCGCCACAAGAGGAGUCAGAGGAGGAGUAGGUGGGGAAAAGGGGGGAAAUGCCAUCUCUACAGACUGCUCUACCUCCUGAGCUUGCGAAUAAUGUCAUUAGGCUUUACCGCGAGUGCCUGCGAAGAGCCAAGUAUAUUGGUCAUCAGCAACAUAACACCGAGCUUGUUGUUAGUAUGGUGAGACAACAAUUCAGAAAGAACAUGCAUGAGACUGAUCCAGAGAAGAUUCAGAAGUUAAAAGAUGAUGCGGCAAGGGGACUCAUAAACCACAUUCUAUACGAAUCUGAGCGACUGUCGGGUCGAAAAUUCAGCCAAAGUUCUUGAUGUUAUUCUAAUAACAUCAAGUUAAAGUAGGAAAAUAAGAUGGCUAAUCCUUGGAGGGUAUUUUUGCAUUUCCUUCUGUACAAGGCUAGGAACCACGUGUUCGAGUUCAAGUCCCUCCUCAUCGGGAAUUUUCUUAAACUAUCCCCUUUCUACAAGUUUCUUGAGGAAAACAUCCAUUUACAGUAAAAUGUUGAACUAUUCACGUCAACAAUCUGUAUUUCUUUGUGUAAAAUGAAUGCCUAUGGAAGACAUGAAAUCCAUUUUUCAAAUAUGAAAUCCGGCGGGCUAUUUUCUUUUCAGGAUCUUAUAUGUUACAUAAUCUAAGUAUGUUCAAGGGUA